UUAUCAGAAUUCUUAAAUCUAUUUAACCCGACCUUCGUUGAAAAAUAACAUACGAGAUACGUUACGACUUUACGAGUUUAGUGUCAAUUGCCAUUUUGACUUGCCGAACGCCGACCAAAUAAAGAAGUUUUCUUUGUUUGAAUAUUUUGUAAUUAUUUUUUUAAAUUACAUAAAGGUAUAACUGCAGUAUUUAAUAGUUUGAAUGAAUUAUUUUUAACCUUAGAAUAUUCUUAUCUAUUCUCGUUUGUUUGGUUAAAUAAGGUAUAAUUUAACAUAAGCAGAAUGUCUACAGAUUAUGAUCCAGUAAUAAUAUGUCCUUAUGAUGCAAAUCAUAGAAUAGCUAAGUCUAGAAUACAAAGACAUCUUGUCAAGUGUGAAAAGAAUUUUCCUCCCAAUUACAAAAAGCAAUGCCCAUAUGAUGCUAGUCAUCGAAUUUUUGAGCAUGAAUUGAUGGAACACAUGCAAAAGUGCCCAAUGAAAUAUCAAUGUCCUUUUGAGCUGGGUCAAAGUAAAUCAGUAUCAUCUGAGAUCUUGUUACAAGAAGAAGUUGAACCUAACAAUGAUGAAGUCUGGGAUGAAGAUUUACCAAUUGAUUCAGAUAUCAGUAAUUUAGGUAGUGAAUUUGAUUUUGAACAUUCAUCCAUGAAGAGUAGUAUGUUUGUUGUAAAACAUUUCAAGAAAAAGUUACGUCCUCCACAUGGUUACUCUGAAUCACGAAUGAUAGAAACUAGUGAUUUGGAUUUGAGUAAAGAUGAAGAUACAAUAUCUGUGACAAGUGAUAAAGGUAUAGGAAGAGGUCGAAAUAUUUCCGGAGCUUACAGUGGGCAAUACCAAAGGGGAACAGGUAUUAGAGGUAGAUUACGACAUUAG